AUGUUCAGCGAUCAAGAUAACGAGGACAAGAGUAGCUUGGAGGCUGCAGCAGAAGCAGCAGCAAAAGUCAAUGCUUUGUUGAUUGCUAAAGGGAUGUUGAAACCAAAUCAGAUUCAUUCAGCAACAAAUGUUAUCACUAAAAAGGCUGGAGGACCUAAUAGUUUAGUGGUAGCUGAAGUGGAAAUUAACAACCUGACAACCCAGUGUCGCAACACACUGACAAAAGGGACUACUCAAGAAGGAGGUAUCUCAAAGGCGAGUGGAGCAGCUGUCACCACUAGAGGCCGUUUCAUUGCUCCAAAUGAGAAACCAAAAAAUGCAAGACUUUUUCUGUUCACAGUUGCUGUACAGAAAAUUAAUGAAAUCAUCAGGAGCAUGUGUGGCAACCGUGUUGAGCAAAAGGGAUAUCACAUAAAUUCACACCGAGGAGGCAAGAUGAGACCUCCGUUUAAGAUGAACAUGGGCAACAGUCACUUCAACUUGAGAGGCCGGCCGCCGCCUCCUUUAAUGUCUUUGCCUACACCUCCUCCGCCACUGUGUCAUCAGAUGCCUCCCUUGCCGCCACCAGUACCACAGAGUGUAACAGUAAUGCAAGAGAAUUUAUACAUUGGGCUAGAACAUGCUCCACCAAAUUUUGAUACCAAAAACAAGCUUUUGGGACCUGGUGGAAGUUACUUGCAACAUAUACAUGCUGAAACAGGGGCUCAUGUAAGUCUAAGGGGAAGAGGAUCAGGCUGCUUUGACCUAAAUGGAGCAGAUUCGAUUGAACCUAUGCAUGUCCACAUCGAGCAUGAAUCAUUACUUGGUUUGCAGGAAGCUAAAAAACUUGCUGAAAAUCUGAUACAAACAGUACAGCAAACGUAUGUCAGUUUCCAGCAGGCUCUAGCUGCUCUGCCGGUCUCCAUGCCAACAGGGCUGAUCACUGGAGUACACCAGCAGUCUUCAUUUGCAGAAGCCCACUUAGGUGUCCCACCACCAGGAUUCACAGAGCAAUCUUUGCAAGCCAUUCAUUCUCAAGUGCAACAUCUGGGUCCUCCAACUUUGUUGAUGCCUGCAGGAUCAGUAGCUAGUCAGCUGCCACCAAUGCCGCAGGCCAUGAGUAAUGCUGCCACGUGUCCAGGUAUGAUUCUUCCAUCAAGUUUGAGCCUAACCCCAGUGCCUCUUGUCAGCACCAUGACGGUUUCAGCUGCCUCCAUGUUGCCUCAACAGACAAAUAUAGGAGGUCAACAGUCCAUGAUUCUAAGCCAGCAGCCUCCCCCUUCAGCUCAGACAGUUACCCAGAUGAGCCUCCAGCAGCUGGUUCAUGGGCCACCUCCAGUACCUCAGCCUGUUCCACCUCCAAUGCCUGCCCCGUUGGGAGCUUAUUCCCAUGUGCAGCCUACAAUGCAUCUAGUCUCUCAGACAUCAGUAGCUCCUCAGACUUUGAUUCACGAGCAGGGACCUCCACUUAUGGCUCCACCUCCACAACAUGCUGGUCCGUCAAUCUCACUGUCUGCCCCUACUUCGUUAGUGUACACUUUGACCUCAAGUGGAACCUACAUCACUUCACCGAGGUUGGAAGAGCAGGUCAAGCACAGGUUUACUGAAGAGAAAGACAAGAUACCUGAGAAUUUGCUUGGGUAUCAGCAUGGACCUCCUCACCUUGUGAAUCUGAUGUGUUCCAGCCCACCACCACAGGGAGUUCCCCCACCCAUUUCCCAGAGCUUCAUGCAACACCUGAGCAGCCAGCUCAUGCAGCCUCCACCACACAGUCUCAUCCAUGUCACUCACAUGCCCGCAGAAGAGGGUCAGUUUGCUCACCUUGGCCCACACACUAUUCUACAAACAACUCAACAGAUACUUCCCCCACCUGCUGAUGGCCAGCAGUUGAUGGCUGCUCCUCCGGGGCAUCAUUACUUGCCUCCACCUCACCACGGUCUUCCUCCCCAUCUGUUGGGUCCUCCACCACCGGGCCCCACACAUUCACCGUCACAGCACAUGAUGGCCAGAUCUCAGAAUUCAAUCCCAGGGCAUAUUCUUCAGCAGACGCAGCAGCCGCCACCUCCACUGCCACCAGUUUCUCAGACUGCAUAUCAGCCCCAUCCCCAAGGGAUUUCAUAUUGG